AUGCAUGAGAAGAAGUCUGCCUUCAGCAAGACGUGCGAGUCUCUGGGGAUCGACCCCAACGCCGAGUACUCUUCAUCAACCAUUGAAUGCCUCAAUAUACUAGUUAAAAAGGUUCCCCAAGAUCGUUUGGCACACCGUUCUUUUCUACUUUCCAAGGUAAUGAGCGGCUUCUCUACCAAGCAGCUCAACGCUGCUAUCGCAUACCUGGCCAGCAAUCAAUCUCCAACCAUCAAUGAAGUAGAGUUCGACAAGGCCUGCGGGAUUGGGGUCACCUACACAGAGAAGGAGAUAUCCAGCGCCUUGGACAAGGCAUUGGCAAAGCCGGACAGCAUAAAGAAUCCUUACCAGCUUGUUUCAUUAAUGGGAAGAGACCUUCCAUGGGCCGAGCACGACUUUCUUCUCAACCUCGCCACCGAGAAAUUCGCUGAGCUUGAGGAAAUGAGGAUAACUGCACAUAGUUGUGAGGAAGAUGCUAUCACUACGAAAACAUCAGAAGCCGCCCAGUCUAAAGAUUCCCCUCCGACUGGAUCCAUCCACGUCCCUCCCAUUGCACAGGUCCUGUCAGCUAUUCCAAAGCAGAAUCGCUACGAGCAGCUUCUCAAGUAUAAGUGGCAGCAUAAAGACUUUCUCAAGAACCUUGGCGUCAGUGUUCUCACGCGCUUUCCCCCUGAGCCGAAUGGAUACUUGCAUCUGGGCCACGCAAAGGCCAUGUUCAUUUCCUUCAACUAUGCUCUUCUUAAUAACGGAAAGACCUAUCUUCGUAUGGAUGAUACCAAUCCAGAGGCGGAGUCCAAGGAGUAUAUUGACUCUAUCUUAGCUAGUAUCGAGUGGCUGGGUCACAAGCCCUUCAAAUUCACACAUACCUCCGACUAUUUCCAGCGCCUUUAUGAUGUUGCUGUGGAGCUUGUACGCCAAGGCAAAGCCUACGUCUGCGAUCAAACUGUGGAAGAGGUUGCUAAGUAUCGAGAAGAGCGUCUAGACCCACCUGGGAGAAAACGAUCAAUCCAGGAGAAUCUUCGAAUCUUUGAAGGAAUGAAGUGCGGGCUGUAUAAGGAAUCACAGUACACGCUACGCCUUAAGAUAGAUAUGCAGUCAGAUAAUCCAAAUAUGCGCGAUCCCAUCGCCUAUCGUAUCAAAUACUGCAGACAUCCAUUGACCGGUAGCGCCUGGUGUAUCUAUCCAUCCUAUGAUUUCUCUCAUUGUCUUAUCGACGCAUUUGAGCACAUUACACAUUCACUAUGCACUCUGGAGUUCGGCAUUCGUCGAGAAUCGUACGACUGGGUCACGCACAAUGUCCAUGAUUUCCGCACGUCUGAUGGAUUUGAUGUAGGUUAUAGGCCUAUGCAAUGGGAAUUCUCACGGCUCAACAUAACCUAUAAUGUCAUGAGCAAGAGGCGCUUGCUCACCCUCGUUGACAAGAAGAUUGUUAUGGGGUGGGAUGACCCCAGGUUACUCACUUUGGAUGGCCUUAGGCGUCGUGGAUAUACACCGAGCUCCAUCAAUACCUUCUGUCAGGUGGUAGGCAUUUCUCGUAACGCACAGACAAUAGACUACCACCUUCUAGAACAUGUUCUUCGUUUGGAGCUGGAUCCCAUUGCUGAGCGAACUAUGGCAGUUACUUCGCCUAUUCGCGUGGAGCUUCUUGACUUUGGAUCUGACCCUCUGGAUACCGUACCCAUUUCCUACAGCUUGCACCCGAAGAAUAGUGAAAUGGGUACUGAGGAAAUUAAAUUGGAGCGCAUCCUCUACAUAGAUGCAGAGGACUUUUGCGAGAACAAUACUCCUGACUUCUUCCGACUAGCACCAGGGCAACCAGUAGGUCUUCGCUAUGGACCACUGCUUCUUGUUGAUCACUUUGAGAGACGAACUCUCAAAGGCGGGGAUACUGAGUUGGUCCUGUAUUGCACGCACUCUUGGUGUCCAGAAAAGAAGGAAGAAGCUUCCAAGAGGCUCAAGGCAGAGAAGAAACAGUUGACGCACAUUCACUGGGUUUCGGAGACGGGAAGCAGAGUGGCAGAAGUACGCCUUUUUGACAAGUUAUUUAAGUCCGCAAAUCCAUAUGAGGUUGAAGGAGAUUGGAUAGACGACGUUAAUCCGAAUAGUAUGGUCGUGUGUCCAAGGGCACGUGUGCCCAGAUAUGUCGCUGAGCAGGCCAAAAAUAACACCUCUCCUAAGCGUUACCAAUUUGAACGCAGCGGGUAUUUUAUUGUAGAUACCAGCAGUACAGCAAAGCACUUGGUUUUCAACCGCAUUGUGGAGCUUCGUGGAACCUUUGUCCCUCCAACAAACUAA